AUGGGAGAAGCUUCCCCUCUCCUCCACUUUCUCUUUGUCUCCUUCCCCGGCCAAGGCCACCUCAACCCUCUCCUCCGCUUAGCCAAACGCGUCGCUUCCAAGGGCCCCCUCGUCACCUUCUCCACCACCCUCGAUCUAGGCAACCGCAUCUCCGCCGCCUCUGCGGACGCCGAAAGCGAUUCGGACUUGAUCCCAGUCGGCCGCGGCCUUCUCCGGUUUGAGUUUUUUGACGACGGGACCGACCCGACUGACCCGCAUCGCGACGACCUCGACAACCUCAUGGCCCGACUGGAAUCCAACGGCCCACCCGCACUAACUAAUCUCAUCAACCGCCAAACCGACGCGGGUCGACCAGUCUCCUGCCUCAUCAACAACCCGUUUCUUCCAUGGGCUCUCAACGUCGCCGAAGAUCUCGGAAUUCCCAGCGCCGUUUUAUGGGUUCAGUCCUGCGCAGUAUUCUCUACUUACUACCAUUUUCACCACAAGCUCGCCGAUUUCCCAACCGAAGAAAACCCGGACCGGACGGUGAAUCUCCCGGGCCUCCCACCCAUGCGGCCCGAAGACCUGCCCACAUUCCUUCUCCCUUCCAAUCCUUACAAACCUCUCACAAACGUGAUCCUCGCCCAGUUCAAGAACAUUUUAAAGGCCCGAUGGGUUUUUGCUAAUUCAUUCGAGGAACUGGAGAGAGAUGCUUUUGAUGCUAUUGCAGGCAGAUUGCAAAUACCCGUCAUACCAGUGGGCCCACUUGUCGAAGCCGGUGAGCCGCAGGAGAAGAUUAAGGCCGAUAUGUGGAAGCCGGAGGAUCGCUGUAUUGAAUGGCUUGAUAAACAGGAGAAGAGAUCUGUUGUCUACGUCUCGGCGGGGAGUAUAGUAAUGUUAAAUUCCUCCGAGAUGCAAGAGCUUGCUUUUGGACUUCGGAACUCCGGCCGGCCUUUUCUAAAGUGAAAUUUAGUUAGGGAGAACCUCCGAGAACUGCUUCCAAAGGGUUUCAAGGAAGAGAUAGAAGCAGAAGGCAAAAGCAUUCUCGUGGAGUGGAGCCCACAAGAGAAAGUCUUGGCCCACAAAUCCCUAGCUUGCUUCGUCACCCACUGCGGCUGGAACUCUACCCUAGAACUCAUCGCCGCCGGCGUCCCUGCCAUCGCCUUCCCCCAGUGGGGAGACCAAGUCCCCGACGCCAAGUUCCUCUGCGAUGUCCACGGAAUCGGCGUCCGCAUUCCUACUCCGGCAGCACGUGCCGAGAUCGUGCGAUGCCUCACCGCCGCCACCGACGGACCAGACGCCGAGGCGAUGCUGUUGCGCGCUAAAGAGUGGAAAGAGAUAGCUCGGGCCGCCGUCACCUCCGGUGGAUCAUCAGACCGUAACAUUGAAAGGUUUGUUGAUGAUGUGAGAAAAUGGGUGGCGAACGGCGGCGGCGGGGUGGUCGAUUCGGUCGCCGGAGUUUGUCGGGUGAUUCAGGGGUCUUGCGCCGUAGCCACGUAA